AGUGUGGCUUUGAAACCAUGCCUCCUAAGGCCCUGCAGAAGUCUAUCACACGGCCUGGACCAUCUGCUCCCUUCCUCUCAGAUGAGCACUAGCCCACAACGUCAAGAGCUGGCCCUACCCUUUUGCCCACACCCAUGAUUGUUCUGUCCACUUCCCGUUCUGUUCUAGGUUUACAUCCAUCAGGUCAGGGCUAGACUUUUCACAGGAGAAAAACAGGUUUGUCUGAGUUUAUGGUUCCAGAGGGGUAAAUAUCCGUCAUGGCACAGAGACAUGGGAGCAAGCAGCAGGCACAGUGGCUGGAGCAGGGUGCUGAGACCUUACAUCAUGGACCAAAGGCACAAAGCAGAGAGAACGGCGUUUCUGUCUGUACCGUGUCCCACGUGGAUGAUCCCAGACAGUGUGAUGAAUCCUCUUGCCUCACAGCCAGGAUGGAAAACACCUACCAGUUAGGUCCCACCAAACCUUUCCCCGUGGCCACUGUCAAUCGUAUUUUGGAAGAUGUACUAACUACCUACCUACAAGAAGCACAAUAUGAACCGGAGUUCUGCAGACAAAUGACUAAAACAAUUUCUGAGGUUAUUAAGACCCAGGUCAAGGAAUUAGUGAUUCCGAGGUAUAAACUAAUUGUGAUGGUUUACAUCGGACAACGGGAUGAUCAGAGUAUACUUAUUGGCAGCAGAUGCCUCUGGAAUCCUAAAAGUGAUACCAUCUCGUCCUACACUUUCAAAAAUUCUACUCUCUUUGCGCUUGCAAAUGUCUAUGCAGUUUACUUUGAGUGACUGAAAAUGGUCCUCAUGUGUUAAAAUCAUGAAACAGGCUGUGUGUCUCUAUUUACAAAAGUUCUACUGACAAAACCUGUGGGAAAGAGACAAGAUGAAGAUUUCAAACAACUGGAAGCUUCCACCAUUCUUGUGAGGACUGGUGGAGGGGGGAGGGGAGCCUAAUAAAAAGGUCUUGUUUAUUCAAAGCAGAAGUCAGUUCACAUAAACAUAGAUGCCAACGAAAUAUCACUUUGGAUGAUGAUUAUUUUGAUUUCUCUUUUAAUUGGAGAGCUAGAAUUUCCUGGACAACUUUUUGAUAAAAUUCUAGAAAUAUAUGGCAACAUGCUCUGGAUGUAUAUCAUAUAGGGUAGGAUAAUUCAACAUGACACACAAAAAUGGUGACUUAAUAGGCUUCAGUACUGCAUAUAAAAUAAUACUGGUUUUCAUUAUACAUUUAAUAAAUUGAGCAGCAUUCAUUAGUUGCAAUUACUGUUACAUGUACCUGACAGUUGAAAGUACUGACAUAGAAUUAAUGAUUUCGUAAUAAUUACCAUGGUCCCUUGGGGCCACUGGCUAAAUCUAGACACUCUUGUGGGUUGCCUGCACUUUACAAAAUUACAAGAGAACUGAACAUUGACUCUUCAAUAAUGGAAACUAUAAAUGGAUACAGGCUUUUAAGGACACUAAAGUAGACAUUGUGCUAUUAAAUAUACAUGAUGCGUAAUAGUCAAUGUGCCUGUAGCACCUAAUAUCAUGCAUUGGGAAGAGACACUGCCCUUAAAUACACAUUGCCCAUGUGCUUGUGACUAGUUUUUCCUGACCUACCUUUUACCCAGAAUACAAAACUGGCAGCUUAACAAAUAAAACAUGUGUGUUUGCCAUUUUGUUCCUAUGAAUUGAGCCCUAAAGUGACCCAGUGAGGGUUUUGAAUGUAUGGGCAUUGACGUUUACAGGGCUGAAAUAGCUCUUCUGCUGGCUGAUGCCUCUUGUAGCAUAGAUCAUUUAUUUUUAUGGGGCUUUCAAGUCUUUGUGUGCAUGUGAAAUGACGCUGUGCCAUUGCUCUAGGAUGACGAGUCAUCUGCCUAGAGGACAUUUGUUAAAGGUCAAACACAAAUUGCUCACAUAUGGAGAGAAUUAGUAAUGUUAUAAUCUUAAGGGGAAAUUGCACAUAAUUCGUAUCAGAAAGAUUAUAGCAGAUGAAAAACCCAGUCAAUGCUUCACAAUUUUAAAAUGUUUUGAUGUCUUACUU